AUGUUUCCUUUAUACUAUGCAAAUUCACAUACAAAGAAAACGGAUGAUAGUAUCAAUGAAUCAACUAAAACAACAACAACAACAACAACAACAGAUAAUGAUAAUGAAACUUAUCCAUCAGCGAAAUGUUUGAAACAAAUCGAAGAUUCUAAUAUAUAUGAAACAGAAGAAACAAAACAUGAUUUAACUAAUGAUGAAGAAUCAGAAGAUUUAAUUGUGAAAGAAUAUUUAAAAAACUUUUAUUUUUAUGAGAAUGAAUGUCAACGAUUGAUAAAAUUUAAUUCACUAUUUACAUAUGAUCAAGAAAAACUAAGAAAAACAAUAAUUGUACAUUCUAAUUCUUCAAUUAAUAUAUUACGUAAAAGUAUAUUAACUAAUUUAUAUAAAUUAUACGAAAAUGAUCAAUGGAAUUUAUCUACCUUAACAACAUUAUCUACAUUAUUUGAUAACUCAAUAAAUCAUUAUUUAGAAGCUGAAUUACUAAUAAUUUUGUAUAUUUCACAACUCAAAAUAGAUAAUGUAACUAAAGUAGAAGAUAUUAUCAAAAAUCUACUACCAAUAUUAAGAACAGAACAAAUAGUUGUAGAAAAAGAAUUUGAAAUAAAUUUAAAUAUUAUUGAUGAAUUUAAAAGAAUUUUAUUAACUAAUCAAAUUAUUCGUAUUAUUCAAAAUGUAUAUUCUAAAUUAACAAAAAAACAAAUUAAUACAAAUGAUUUACAACAAAUUAUAAAUGAUAUACAUAUCGAGUUUGUAGAUGUUGGAGCAGCAUAUCAAUUAAGAGGAUUUAGUGGAAGAAAAAAAAUAUAUGUUAAUUUUUAUUAUAUUCUAUUCCACUACAAGUAUGAUUAUCUAUCUCCACCUUCAGAAUUAUUACAAUUGGAUUUAUUAACACUAAUGCUUCAUCAAACUAUGCAUAUUAUAUUAUGUGAAAGAGAAAAUAAUUAUAAUCUAUCUACAUUAAUUGAUUAUGCUGAGGUUAAUAAAGAAGAAUCUAAUACAUAUAUUGAAAAAUAUAUAUUUACAUGUUGUCCAGAUUGGGUAAAAUUAUAUAAAAAUAAUAUUAUAUCUAUUUCACAAAUAAAUUCAAUUUUAAAUGCAUUAAAAGCAGAUGAACCUGUAUCAUCAUUGUUACCACAACGUCUUAAUUUUUAUACAAGAAAUGUUUCUACAAUAGCAUUGGAUAUAAUAUCUCUUGAUUUUCAAAAAUCAUGGGAACUUUAA